AAGGACGUGAGAGCCUGGGGACAAGCGAUUAUUGCACUAGUUCAUAGAUCAGCUACUCCUGUCUGCCCACGUUAUUUGACUUGCUGCCGGAUCGAACAUUCGUACAGCAGGGUUUGGGAAGGUCUCUUGCCCUUUUUGAGAGAUCGGCAUUCUCAUACAUCGCAGCCUGCUCUUCUUAAACCUUAACUGCUACAUAUCUUCGCCUGCGCCCUACGGACUUUUUCUUCCUCGAAGGAACUACUUCAACCACGUGACUCUAUACAUCGUUGCUGAACAUUCCCCCUUGGUCUUUCGCUAUCAUCUUAAAGUGCGUUGUAGGAAGUCCGAGGCAAUUUUUAUUUGUAUGGAUAUGAGUUCCUGCUUGAUUCAUCAACCUUGACCACAGAUUCCGUGAGCCCUCAACAAAUGCCAAAGCCCAAUAUGCUGGAGCUCCCGGUAGGGGCCGAGCUCGUCUAUCUUGCCGAAGGGGGCGCCAAUAUCAUCUAUCGCAUCCUCUUUUCUACCCAAACUCAUAAGGGGCGAAAUCCUAAAGAUGUUCCGAUAACCGUGUCUUCCAACCUGCCAUCAGGCGUAACGGAUCGUUAUAGUAUACCCGCCAGCUUCAAAGGAAAGCUGCUUCGUCUUCGGAAAGACACAAGCUCAGGAAUCCCCUACGAAGAGAUUGCACGAAACUUCGACCAAUGCAUUCGGCCUCUUUUUAAACCAGAAGAGCUCGUCGAUCAGGAACUUGUCUGUCUUCCCAGAGGACUGGUUCAACUAUGCAAUGAGCAGCUUCUAGCGGCGGAGCAAACCGGGCAGCGUCCCAGAAGACGACAAGGCGUAUAUCUCUCUACGACAGAGACAUUCGGGCUUCUGAUAACUGACAUGACCACAUUCGCUAGUCCUGGGACCACGUUAUCCGAGCUGAAGCCUAAGUGGCUCGCCCAAUCUCCGUCAGCCCCAGCUAACUCUCGACGGUGCCGGACAUGCGCACUCCGCGAAAUGAAGAAUAACAAGGCGCGCAAAACCGGCAAGUCCGAGGAAACAUCAUUCUGUCCGUUGGACUUGGUGAGCGACAGAUUCGAGAAUGUUCUCCGAGCGGCCCGGUUCGUCAAGGGAUGCAAAGAUCAGGCCCGGCUGGCAAAGGUACUCUAUCGGAAUAGUACCCUGCAGAAACUCCUGGCACACCAGAAGAGCAUGUGCGAUGUGGGGCUCCAUGGUCCUCCUGUCACCUCGGUCGAAAAAUCGCUCGGGAUGACUCUCCGUGACUGUACAAUGUUUAUCAGGAUACCGAAAGAUGAGACCAGUCGGAUCGAAGUACGCCUCGGAGACCUAGAUCUCAAGACUGGGGCGGGAGGCAAGGCGAAGUAUUGGCUUGACUUGGAACUUCGCCUGAACGAUGAGGGCUGGUACAUGGGAGCGAGGAGCAGUGUAUCUGAGAAUGAGUGUGCACUACAAGGCCCACGCAAUCACUCUCAACCAUCAAUAUGAGCUGGACAGCAAUUGCUUGAUCAAGCUUCAUCCACUACGAGUCCAGGUCUAUGUCGGCACUGGGCUGGGGUUUGUAGAAAUCAUUUUACGGAGCGAUACAGCAUCACAUUCAUUACCUACAACUUC